UUUAUUUCUUUGUUGAUGAGGCAACAAAACUCAUUUUGAAAUCUACAAUGACAACCAGAGCAGGAGGGAAAUACCAAGGCACAUCAGUGUCUCUGUGGGAUCUGCUCUACUCCAAAUACAUCACUGAAGAGAAGAGGAGAGAGCUUGUGCAACAGUACAAGUCUGGAUCAAUCACAAUUGAACGCUUCUUGGAAAUGAUCCUGACAAUCAUUCAGCAGCAGACCACAACAACCUCAUCGUCAUCACUUGUUAUGUGCCAACCACCAGAAACAAAAGUGGAUAGCAGCACAACUACCAUCACCACUACAGUUACAGAGAUAACUGAAGUUCAAAACUUCCAUGGAAUCAGAAAGGAUGUCACUGCCAAUGAGUUGCUUGAAUCAAAAAUCAUCAAUGAGGACCUCUACAAAAAUCUUACCGCUGGAAAAGUCACAGUGAUAGAAGUAAGUGAAAUGGACUCAGUACGUAAGUACUUAAAGGGAACUAACAGCAUUGCAGGAGUGUACCUGCAGUCCACCAAAGAGACCCUGAGUAUAUAUGAAGCCAAAAGUAAAGGACUGCUAACUCCUGGUACUUCUCUGAUUCUGCUGGAAGCCCAAGCUGCCACUGGCUUUGUUAUCGACCCAGUAAAAAACAAGAAACUUUCUGUAGAGGAAGCUGUGGCUCAAAGAGUGGUUGGCAGUGAGUGGAAAAAUAAACUCCUUUCAGCAGAAAGGGCUGUUACAGGAUACAAAGAUCCCUACACCGGAAACACAAUUUCGUUGUUCCAAGCCUUGACAAAAGAUCUUAUUGUGAAAGAUCAUGGAAUUCGCCUCCUUGAAGCUCAAAUUGCCACAGGAGGCAUCAUUGACCCAGUGCACAGUCACAGAGUGCCUGUUCAGGUAGCAUAUACAAGAGGUUACUUUGAUGAAGAAAUGAACAAGAUACUGUCUGACCCCGAUGAUGACACCAAGGGCUUCUUUGACCCCAACACCCAAGAGAACCUCACCUAUCUUCAGCUGGUUGAGAGGUGUGUCACAGAUCCCAUCACAGGUCUUAGCUUACUGGUGAUUGCAAAGAAAGGCGAGUUUUAUUUCUUUGUUGAUGAGGCAACAAAACUCAUUUUGAAAUCUACAAUGACAACCAGAGCAGGAGGGAAAUACCAAGGCACAUCAGUGUCUCUGUGGGAUCUGCUCUACUCCAAAUACAUCACUGAAGAGAAGAGGAGAGAGCUUGUGCAACAGUACAAGUCUGGAUCAAUCACAAUUGAACGCUUCUUGGAAAUGAUCCUGACAAUCAUUCAGCAGCAGACCACAACAACCUCAUCGUCAUCACUUGUUAUGUGCCAACCACCAGAAACAAAAGUGGAUAGCAGCACAACUACCAUCACCACUACAGUUACAGAGAUAACUGAAGUUCAAAACUUCCAUGGAAUCAGAAAAGAUGUCACUGCCAAUGAGUUGCUUGAAUCAAAAAUCAUCAAUGAGGACCUCUACAAAAAUCUUACCGCUGGAAAAGUCACAGUGACAGAAGUAAGUGAAAUGGACUCAGUACGUAAGUACUUAAAGGGAACUAACAGCAUUGCAGGAGUGUACCUGCAGUCCACCCAAGAGACCCUGAGUAUAUAUGAAGCCAAAAGCAAAGGACUGCUAACUCCUGGUACUUCUCUGGUUCUGCUGGAAGCCCAAGCUGCCACUGGCUUUGUUAUCGACCCAGUAAACAACAAGAAACUUUCUGUAGAGGAAGCUGUGGCUCAAAGAGUGGUUGGCAGUGAGUGGAAAAAUAAACUCCUUUCAGCAGAAAGGGCUGUUACAGGAUACAAAGAUCCCUACACCGGAAACACAAUUUCGUUGUUCCAAGCCUUGAAAAAAGAUCUUAUUGUGAAAGAUCAUGGAAUUCGCCUCCUUGAAGCUCAAAUUGCCACAGGAGGCAUCAUUGACCCAGUGUACAGUCACAGAGUGCCUGUUCAGGUAGCAUAUACAAGAGGUUACUUUGAUGAAGAAAUGAACAAGAUACUGUCUGACCCCGAUGAUGACACCAAGGGCUUCUUUGACCCCAACACCCAAGAGAACCUCACCUAUCUUCAGCUGGUUGAGAGGUGUGUCACAGAUCCCAUCACAGGUCUUAGCUUACUGGUGAUUGCAAAGAAAGGCGAGUUUUAUUUCUUUGUUGAUGAGGCAACAAAACUCAUUUUGAAAUCUACAAUGACAACCAGAGCAGGAGGGAAAUACCAAGGCACAUCAGUGUCUCUGUGGGAUCUGCUCUACUCCAAAUACAUCACUGAAGAGAAGAGGAGAGAGCUUGUGCAACAGUACAAGUCUGGAUCAAUCACAAUUGAACGCUUCUUGGAAAUGAUCCUGACAAUCAUUCAGCAGCAGACCACAACAACCUCAUCGUCAUCACUUGUUAUGUGCCAACCACCAGAAACAAAAGUGGAUAGCGCAACUACCAUCACCACUACAGUUACAGAGAUAACUGAAGUUCAAAACUUCCAUGGAAUCAGAAAGGAUGUCACUGCCAAUGAGUUGCUUGAAUCAAAAAUCAUCAAUGAGGACCUCUACAAAAAUCUUACCGCUGGAAAAGUCACAGUGACAGAAGUAAGUGAAAUGGACUCAAUGCGUAAGUACUCAAAGGGAACUAACAGCAUUGCGGGAGUGUACCUGCAGUCCACCAAAGAGACCCUGAGUAUAUAUGAAGCCAAAAGUAAAGGACUGCUAACUCCUGGUACUUCUCUGAUUCUGCUGGAAGCCCAAGCUGCCACUGGCUUUGUUAUCGACCCAGUAAAAAACAAGAAACUUUCUGUAGAGGAAGCUGUGGCUCAAAGAGUGGUUGGCAGUGAGUGGAAAAAUAAACUCCUUUCAGCAGAAAGGGCUGUUACAGGAUACAAAGAUCCCUACACCGGAAACACAAUUUCGUUGUUCCAAGCCUUGACAAAAGAUCUUAUUGUGAAAGAUCAUGGAAUUCGCCUCCUUGAAGCUCAAAUUGCCACAGGAGGCAUCAUUGACCCAGUGCACAGUCACAGAGUGCCUGUUCAGGUAGCAUAUACAAGAGGUUACUUUGAUGAAGAAAUGAACAAGAUACUGUCUGACCCCGAUGAUGACACCAAGGGCUUCUUUGACCCCAACACCCAAGAGAACCUCACCUAUCUUCAGCUGGUUGAGAGGUGUGCAGAUCCCAUCACAGGUCUUAGCUUACUGGUGAUUGCAAAGAAAGGCGAGUUUUAUUUCUUUGUUGAUGAGGCAACAAAACUCAUUUUGAAAUCUACAAUGACAACCAGAGCAGGAGGGAAAUACCAAGGCACAUCAGUGUCUCUGUGGGAUCUGCUCUACUCCAAAUACAUCACUGAAGAGAAGAGGAGAGAGCUUGUGCAACAGUACAAGUCUGGAUCAAUCACAAUUGAACGCUUCUUGGAAAUGAUCCUGACAAUCAUUCAGCAGCAGACCACAACAACCUCAUCCACAACUACCAUCACCACUACAGUUACAGAGAUAACUGAAGUUCAAAACUUCCAUGGAAUCAGAAAAGAUGUCACUGCCAAUGAGUUGCUUGAAUCAAAAAUCAUCAAUGAGGACCUCUACAAAAAUCUUACCGCUGGAAAAGUCACAGUGACAGAAGUAAGUGAAAUGGACUCAGUCCGUAAGUACUUAAAGGGAACUAACAGCAUUGCAGGAGUGUACCUGCAGUCCACCCAAGAGACCCUGAGUAUAUAUGAAGCCAAAAGCAAAGGACUGCUAACUCCUGGUACUUCUCUGGUUCUGCUGGAAGCCCAAGCUGCCACUGGCUUUGUUAUCGACCCAGUAAACAACAAGAAACUUUCUGUAGAGGAAGCUGUGGCUCAAAGAGUGGUUGGCAGUGAGUGGAAAAAUAAACUCCUUUCAGCAGAAAGGGCUGUUACAGGAUACAAAGAUCCCUACACCGGAAACACAAUUUCGUUGUUCCAAGCCUUGAAAAAAGAUCUUAUUGUGAAAGAUCAUGGAAUUCGCCUCCUUGAAGCUCAAAUUGCCACAGGAGGCAUCAUUGACCCAGUGUACAGUCACAGAGUGCCUGUUCAGGUAGCAUAUACAAGAGGUUACUUUGAUGAAGAAAUGAACAAGAUACUGUCUGACCCCGAUGAUGACACCAAGGGCUUCUUUGACCCCAACACCCAAGAGAACCUCACCUAUCUUCAGCUGGUUGAGAGGUGUGUCACAGAUCCCAUCACAGGUCUUAGCUUACUGGUGAUUGCAAAGAAAGGCGAGUUUUAUUUCUUUGUUGAUGAGGCAACAAAACUCAUUUUGAAAUCUACAAUGACAACCAGAGCAGGAGGGAAAUACCAAGGCACAUCAGUGUCUCUGUGGGAUCUGCUCUACUCCAAAUACAUCACUGAAGAGAAGAGGAGAGAGCUUGUGCAACAGUACAAGUCUGGAUCAAUCACAAUUGAACGCUUCUUGGAAAUGAUCCUGACAAUCAUUCAGCAGCAGACCACAACAACCUCAUCGUCAUCACUUGUUAUGUGCCAACCACCAGAAACAAAAGUGGAUAGCAGCACAACUACCAUCACCACUACAGUUACAGAGAUAACUGAAGUUCAAAACUUCCAUGGAAUCAGAAAGGAUGUCACUGCCAAUGAGUUGCUUGAAUCAAAAAUCAUCAAUGAGGACCUCUACAAAAAUCUUACCGCUGGAAAAGUCACAGUGACAGAAGUAAGUGAAAUGGACUCAGUACGUAAGUACUUAAAGGGAACUAACAGCAUUGCAGGAGUGUACCUGCAGUCCACCAAAGAGACCCUGAGUAUAUAUGAAGCCAAAAGUAAAGGACUGCUAACUCCUGGUACUUCUCUGAUUCUGCUGGAAGCCCAAGCUGCCACUGGCUUUGUUAUCGACCCAGUAAAAAACAAGAAACUUUCUGUAGAGGAAGCUGUGGCUCAAAGAGUGGUUGGCAGUGAGUGGAAAAAUAAACUCCUUUCAGCAGAAAGGGCUGUUACAGGAUACAAAGAUCCCUACACCGGAAACACAAUUUCGUUGUUCCAAGCCUUGAAAAAAGAUCUUAUUGUGAAAGAUCAUGGAAUUCGCCUCCUUGAAGCUCAAAUUGCCACAGGAGGCAUCAUUGACCCAGUGCACAGUCACAGAGUGCCUGUUCAGGUAGCAUAUACAAGAGGUUACUUUGAUGAAGAAAUGAACAAGAUACUGUCUGACCCCGAUGAUGACACCAAGGCGUCUGUUGACCCCAACACCCAAGAGAACCUCACCUAUCUUCAGCUGGUUGAGAGGUGUGUCACAGAUCCCAUCACAGGUCUUAGCUUACUGGUGAUUGCAAAGAAAGGCGAGUUUUAUUUCUUUGUUGAUGAGGCAACAAAACUCAUUUUGAAAUCUACAAUGACAACCAGAGCAGGAGGGAAAUACCAAGGCACAUCAGUGUCUCUGUGGGAUCUGCUCUACUCCAAAUACAUCACUGAAGAAGAGAAGAGGAGAGAGCUUGUGCAACAGUACAAGUCUGGAUCAAUCACAAUUGAACGCUUCUUGGAAAUGAUCCUGACAAUCAUUCAGCAGCAGACCACAACAACCUCAUCGUCAUCACUUGUUAUGUGCCAACCACCAGAAACAAAAGUGGAUAGCAGCACAACUACCAUCACCACUACAGUUACAGAGAUAACUGAAGUUCAAAACUUCCAUGGAAUCAGAAAGGAUGUCACUGCCAAUGAGUUGCUUGAAUCAAAAAUCAUCAAUGAGGACCUCUACAAAAAUCUUACCGCUGGAAAAGUCACAGUGACAGAAGUAAGUGAAAUGGACUCAGUACGUAAGUACUUAAAGGGAACUAACAGCAUUGCAGGAGUGUACCUGCAGUCCACCAAAGAGACCCUGAGUAUAUAUGAAGCCAAAAGUAAAGGACUGCUAACUCCUGGUACUUCUCUGAUUCUGCUGGAAGCCCAAGCUGCCACUGGCUUUGUUAUCGACCCAGUAAAAAACAAGAAACUUUCUGUAGAGGAAGCUGUGGCUCAAAGAGUGGUUGGCAGUGAGUGGAAAAAUAAACUCCUUUCAGCAGAAAGGGCUGUUACAGGAUACAAAGAUCCCUACACCGGAAACACAAUUUCGUUGUUCCAAGCCUUGACAAAAGAUCUUAUUGUGAAAGAUCAUGGAAUUCGCCUCCUUGAAGCUCAAAUUGCCACAGGAGGCAUCAUUGACCCAGUGCACAGUCACAGAGUGCCUGUUCAGGUAGCAUAUACAAGAGGUUACUUUGAUGAAGAAAUGAACAAGAUACUGUCUGACCCCGAUGAUGACACCAAGGGCUUCUUUGACCCCAACACCCAAGAGAACCUCACCUAUCUUCAGCUGGUUGAGAGGUGUGUCACAGAUCCCAUCACAGGUCUUAGCUUACUGGUGAUUGCAAAGAAAGGCGAGUUUUAUUUCUUUGUUGAUGAGGCAACAAAACUCAUUUUGAAAUCUACAAUGACAACCAGAGCAGGAGGGAAAUACCAAGGCACAUCAGUGUCUCUGUGGGAUCUGCUCUACUCCAAAUACAUCACUGAAGAGAAGAGGAGAGAGCUUGUGCAACAGUACAAGUCUGGAUCAAUCACAAUUGAACGCUUCUUGGAAAUGAUCCUGACAAUCAUUCAGCAGCAGACCACAACAACCUCAUCGUCAUCACUUGUUAUGUGCCAACCACCAGAAACAAAAGUGGAUAGCAGCACAACUACCAUCACCACUACAGUUACAGAGAUAACUGAAGUUCAAAACUUCCAUGGAAUCAGAAAGGAUGUCACUGCCAAUGAGUUGCUUGAAUCAAAAAUCAUCAAUGAGGACCUCUACAAAAAUCUUACCGCUGGAAAAGUCACAGUGACAGAAGUAAGUGAAAUGGGCGAUUCAGUAAAGUACUUAAAGGGAACUAACAGCAUUGCAGGAGUGUACCUGCAGUCCACCCAAGAGACCCUGAGUAUAUAUGAAGCCAAAAGCAAAGGACUGCUAACUCCUGGUACUUCUCUGGUUCUGCUGGAAGCCCAAGCUGCCACUGGCUUUGUUAUCGACCCAGUAAACAACAAGAAACUUUCUGUAGAGGAAGCUGUGGCUCAAAGAGUGGUUGGCAGUGAGUGGAAAAAUAAACUCCUUUCAGCAGAAAGGGCUGUUACAGGAUACAAAGAUCCCUACACCGGAAACACAAUUUCGUUGUUCCAAGCCUUGAAAAAAGAUCUUAUUGUGAAAGAUCAUGGAAUUCGCCUCCUUGAAGCUCAAAUUGCCACAGGAGGCAUCAUUGACCCAGUGCACAGUCACAGAGUGCCUGUUCAGGUAGCAUAUACAAGAGGUUACUUUGAUGAAGAAAUGAACAAGAUACUGUCUGACCCCGAUGAUGACACCAAGGGCUUCUUUGACCCCAACACCCAAGAGAACCUCACCUAUCUUCAGCUGGUUGAGAGGUGUGUCACAGAUCCCAUCACAGGUCUUAGCUUACUGGUGAUUGCAAAGAAAGGCGAGUUUUAUUUCUUUGUUGAUGAGGCAACAAAACUCAUUUUGAAAUCUACAAUGACAACCAGAGCAGGAGGGAAAUACCAAGGCACAUCAGUGUCUCUGUGGGAUCUGCUCUACUCCAAAUACAUCACUGAAGAGAAGAGGAGAGAGCUUGUGCAACAGUACAAGUCUGGAUCAAUCACAAUUGAACGCUUCUUGGAAAUGAUCCUGACAAUCAUUCAGCAGCAGACCACAACAACCUCAUCGUCAUCACUUGUUAUGUGCCAACCACCAGAAACAAAAGUGGAUAGCAGCACAACUACCAUCACCACUACAGUUACAGAGAUAACUGAAGUUCAAAACUUCCAUGGAAUCAGAAAGGAUGUCACUGCCAAUGAGUUGCUUGAAUCAAAAAUCAUCAAUGAGGACCUCUACAAAAAUCUUACCGCUGGAAAAGUCACAGUGACAGAAGUAAGUGAAAUGGACUCAGUACGUAAGUACUUAAAGGGAACUAACAGCAUUGCAGGAGUGUACCUGCAGUCCACCCAAGAGACCCUGAGUAUAUAUGAAGCCAAAAGCAAAGGACUGCUAACUCCUGGUACUUCUCUGGUUCUGCUGGAAGCCCAAGCUGCCACUGGCUUUGUUAUCGACCCAGUAAAAAACAAGAGACUUUCUGUAGAGGAAGCUGUGGCUCAAAGAGUGGUUGGCAGUGAGUGGAAAAAUAAACUGCUUUCAGCAGAAAGGGCUGUUACAGGAUACAAAGAUCCCCAUACUGGAAACACAAUUUCGUUAUUCCAAGCCUUGAAAAAAGAUCUUAUUGUGAAAGAUCAUGGAAUUCGUCUCCUUGAAGCUCAAAUUGCCACAGGAGGCAUCAUUGACCCAGUGCACAGUCACAGAGUGCCUGUUCAGGUAGCAUAUACAAGAGGUUACUUUGAUGAAGAAAUGAACAAGAUACUGUCUGACCCCGAUGAUGACACCAAGGGCUUCUUUGACCCCAACACCCAAGAGAACCUCACCUAUCUUCAGCUGGUUGAGAGGUGUGUCACAGAUCCCAUCACAGGUCUUAGCUUACUGGUGAUUGCAAAGAAAGGCGAGUUUUAUUUCUUUGUUGAUGAGGCAACAAAACUCAUUUUGAAAUCUACAAUGACAACCAGAGCAGGAGGGAAAUACCAAGGCACAUCAGUGUCUCUGUGGGAUCUGCUCUACUCCAAAUACAUCACUGAAGAGAAGAGGAGAGAGCUUGUGCAACAGUACAAGUCUGGAUCAAUCACAAUUGAACGCUUCUUGGAAAUGAUCCUGACAAUCAUUCAGCAGCAGACCACAACAACCUCAUCGUCAUCACUUGUUAUGUGCCAACCACCAGAAACAAAAGUGGAUAGCAGCACAACUACCAUCACCACUACAGUUACAGAGAUAACUGAAGUUCAAAACUUCCAUGGAAUCAGAAAGGAUGUCACUGCCAAUGAGUUGCUUGAAUCAAAAAUCAUCAAUGAGGACCUCUACAAAAAUCUUACCGCUGGAAAAGUCACAGUGACAGAAGUAAGUGAAAUGGACUCAGUACGUAAGUACUUAAAGGGAACUAACAGCAUUGCAGGAGUGUACCUGCAGUCCACCAAAGAGACCCUGAGUAUAUAUGAAGCCAAAAGUAAAGGACUGCUAACUCCUGGUACUUCUCUGAUUCUGCUGGAAGCCCAAGCUGCCACUGGCUUUGUUAUCGACCCAGUAAAAAACAAGAAACUUUCUGUAGAGGAAGCUGUGGCUCAAAGAGUGGUUGGCAGUGAGUGGAAAAAUAAACUCCUUUCAGCAGAAAGGGCUGUUACAGGAUACAAAGAUCUACACGGAAACACAAUUUCGUUGUUCCAAGCCUUGACAAAAGAUCUUAUUGUGAAAGAUCAUGGAAUUCGCCUCCUUGAAGCUCAAAUUGCCACAGGAGGCAUCAGACCAGUGCACAGUCACAGAGUGCCUGUUCAGGUAGCAUAUACAAGAGGUUACUUUGAUGAAGAAAUGAACAAGAUACUGUCGAACCCCGAUGAUGACACCAAGGGCUUCUUUGACCCCAACACCCAAGAGAACCUCACCUAUCUUCAGCUGGUUGAGAGGUGUGUCACAGAUCCCAUCACAGGUCUUAGCUUACUGGUGAUUGCAAAGAAAGGCGAGUUUUAUUUCUUUGUUGAUGAGGCAACAAAACUCAUUUUGAAAUCUACAAUGACAACCAGAGCAGGAGGGAAAUACCAAGGCACAUCAGUGUCUCUGUGGGAUCUGCUCUACUCCAAAUACAUCACUGAAGAGAAGAGGAGAGAGCUUGUGCAACAGUACAAGUCUGGAUCAAUCACAAUUGAACGCUUCUUGGAAAUGAUCCUGACAAUCAUUCAGCAGCAGACCACAACAACCUCAUCGUCAUCACUUGUUAUGUGCCAACCACCAGAAACAAAAGUGGAUAGCAGCACAACUACCAUCACCACUACAGUUACAGAGAUAACUGAAGUUCAAAACUUCCAUGGAAUCAGAAAGGAUGUCACUGCCAAUGAGUUGCUUGAAUCAAAAAUCAUCAAUGAGGACCUCUACAAAAAUCUUACCGCUGGAAAAGUCACAGUGACAGAAGUAAGUGAAAUGGACUCAGUACGUAAGUACUUAAAGGGAACUAACAGCAUUGCAGGAGUGUACCUGCAGUCCACCCAAGAGACCCUGAGUAUAUAUGAAGCCAAAAGCAAAGGACUGCUAACUCCUGGUACUUCUCUGGUUCUGCUGGAAGCCCAAGCUGCCACUGGCUUUGUUAUCGACCCAGUAAACAACAAGAAACUUUCUGUAGAGGAAGCUGUGGCUCAAAGAGUGGUUGGCAGUGAGUGGAAAAAUAAACUCCUUUCAGCAGAAAGGGCUGUUACAGGAUACAAAGAUCCCUACACCGGAAACACAAUUUCGUUGUUCCAAGCCUUGAAAAAAGAUCUUAUUGUGAAAGAUCAUGGAAUUCGCCUCCUUGAAGCUCAAAUUGCCACAGGAGGCAUCAUUGACCCAGUGUACAGUCACAGAGUGCCUGUUCAGGUAGCAUAUACAAGAGGUUACUUUGAUGAAGAAAUGAACAAGAUACUGUCUGACCCCGAUGAUGACACCAAGGGCUUCUUUGACCCCAACACCCAAGAGAACCUCACCUAUCUUCAGCUGGUUGAGAGGUGUGUCACAGAUCCCAUCACAGGUCUUAGCUUACUGGUGAUUGCAAAGCAAGCAGGCUUUUAUUUCUUUGUUGAUGAGGCAACAAAACUCAUUUUGAAAUCUACAAUGACAACCAGAGCAGGAGGGAAAUACCAAGGCACAUCAGUGUCUCUGUGGGAUCUGCUCUACUCCAAAUACAUCACUGAAGAGAAGAGGAGAGAGCUUGUGCAACAGUACAAGUCUGGAUCAAUCACAAUUGAACGCUUCUUGGAAAUGAUCCUGACAAUCAUUGAGAAGCAGACCACAACAACCUCAUCAUCAUCACUUGUUAUGUGCCAACCACCAGAAACAAAAGUGGAUAGCAGCACAACUACCAUCAUCACUACAGUUACAGAGACAACUGAAGUUCAAAACUUCCAUGGAAUCAGAAAGGAUGUCACUGCCAAUGAGUUGCUUGAAUCAAAAAUCAUCAAUGAGGACCUCUACAAAAAUCUUACCGCUGGAAAAGUCACAGUGACAGAAAUAAGUGAGAUGGACUCAGUACGUAAGUAUUUAAAGGGAACUAACAGCAUUGCAGGAGUGUACCUGCAGUCCACCAAAGAGACCCUGAGUAUAUAUGAAGCCAAAAGCAAAGGACUGCUAACUCCUGGUACUUCUCUGGUUCUGCUGGAAGCCCAAGCUGCCACUGGCUUUGUUAUCGACCCAGUAAAAAACAAGAGACUUUCUGUAGAGGAAGCUGUGGCUCAAAGAGUGGUUGGCAGUGAGUGGAAAAAUAAACUGCUUUCAGCAGAAAGGGCUGUUACAGGAUACAAAGAUCCCCAUACUGGAAACACAAUUUCGUUAUUCCAAGCCUUGAAAAAAGAUCUUAUUGUGAAAGAUCAUGGAAUUCGUCUCCUUGAAGCUCAAAUUGCCACAGGAGGCAUCAUUGACCCAGUGCACAGUCACAGAGUGCCUGUUCAGGUAGCAUAUACAAGAGGUUACUUUGAUGAAGAAAUGAACAAGAUACUGUCUGACCCCGAUGAUGACACCAAGGGCUUCUUUGACCCCAACACCCAAGAGAACCUCACCUAUCUUCAGCUGGUUGAGAGGUGUGUCACAGAUCCCAUCACAGGUCUUAGCUUACUGGUGAUUGCAAAGAAAGGCGAGUUUUAUUUCUUUGUUGAUGAGGCAACAAAACUCAUUUUGAAAUCUACAAUGACAACCAGAGCAGGAGGGAAAUACCAAGGCACAUCAGUGUCUCUGUGGGAUCUGCUAUACUCCAAAUAAAUCACUGAAGAGAAGAGGAGAGAGCUUGUGCAACAGUACAAGUCUGGAUCAAUCACAAUUGAACGCUUCUUGGAAAUGAUCCUGACAAUCAUUCAGCAGCAGACCACAACAACCUCAUCGUCAUCACUUGUUAUGUGCCAACCACCAGAAACAAAAGUGGAUAGCAGCACAACUACCAUCACCACUACAGUUACAGAGAUAACUGAAGUUCAAAACUUCCAUGGAAUCAGAAAGGAUGUCACUGCCAAUGAGUUGCUUGAAUCAAAAAUCAUCAAUGAGGACCUCUACAAAAAUCUUACCGCUGGAAAAGUCACAGUGACAGAAGUAAGUGAAAUGGACUCAGUACGUAAGUACUUAAAGGGAACUAACAGCAUUGCAGGAGUGUACCUGCAGUCCACCAAAGAGACCCUGAGUAUAUAUGAAGCCAAAAGUAAAGGACUGCUAACUCCUGGUACUUCUCUGGUUCUGCUGGAAGCCCAAGCUGCCACUGGCUUUGUUAUCGACCCAGUAAAAAACAAGAAACUUUCUGUAGAGGAAGCUGUGGCUCAAAGAGUGGUUGGCAGUGAGUGGAAAAAUAAACUGCUUUCAGCAGAAAGGGCUGUUACAGGAUACAAAGAUCCCUACACCGGAAACACAAUUUCUUUGUUCCAAGCCUUGAAAAAAGAUCUUAUUGUGAAAGAUCAUGGAAUUCGUCUCCUUGAAGCUCAAAUUGCCACAGGAGGCAUCAUUGACCCAGUGUACAGUCACAGAGUGCCUGUUCAGGUAGCAUAUACAAGAGGUUACUUUGAUGAAGAAAUGAACAAGAUACUGUCUGACCCCGAUGAUGACACCAAGGGCUUCUUUGACCCCAACACCCAAGAGAACCUCACCUAUCUUCAGCUGGUUGAGAGGUGUGUCACAGAUCCCAUCACAGGUCUUAGCUUACUGGUGAUUGCAAAGAAAGGUGAGUUUUAUUUCUUUGUUGAUGAGGCAACAAAACUCAUUUUGAAAUCUACAAUGACAACCAAAGCAGGAGGGAAAUACCAAGGCACAUCAGUGUCUCUGUGGGAUCUGCUCUACUCCAAAUACAUCACUGAAGAGAAGAGGAGAGAGCUUGUGCAACAGUACAAGUCUGGAUCAAUCACAAUUGAACGCUUCUUGGAAAUGAUCCUGACAAUCAUUGAGAAGCAGACCACAACAACCUCAUCGUCAUCACUUGUUAUGUGCCAACCACCAGAAACAAAAGUGGAUAGCAGCACAACUACCAUCACCACUACAGUUACAGAGACAACUGAAGUUCAAAACUUCCAUGGAAUCAGAAAGGAUGUCACUGCCAAUGAGUUGCUUGAAUCAAAAAUCAUCAAUGAGGACCUCUACAAAAAUCUUACUGCUGGAAAAGUCACAGUGACAGAAGUAAGUGAAAUGGACUCAGUACGUAAGUAUUUAAAGGGAACUAACAGCAUUGCAGGAGUGUACCUGCAGUCCACCAAAGAGACCCUGAGCAUAUAUGAAGCCAAAAGUAAAGGACUGCUAACUCCUGGUACUUCUCUGGUUCUGCUGGAAGCCCAAGCUGCCACUGGCUUUGUUAUCGACCCAGUAAAAAACAAGAAACUUUCUGUAGAGGAAGCUGUGGCUCAAAGAGUGGUUGGCAGUGAGUGGAAAAAUAAACUGCUUUCAGCAGAAAGGGCUGUUACAGGAUACAAAGAUCCCCAUACUGGAAACACAAUUUCAUUAUUCCAAGCCUUGAAAAAAGAUCUUAUUGUGAAAGAUCAUGGAAUUCGUCUCCUUGAAGCUCAAAUUGCCACAGGAGGCAUAAUUGACCCAGUGCACAGUCACAGAGUGCCUGUUCAGGUAGCAUAUACAAGAGGUUACUUUGAUGAAGAAAUGAACAAGAUACUGUCUGACCCCGAUGAUGACACCAAGGGCUUCUUUGACCCCAACACCCAAGAGAACCUCACCUAUCUUCAGCUGGUUGAGAGGUGUGUCACAGAUCCCAUCACAGGUCUUAGUUUACUCCCCUUGCACAGGUGAAGGAAACCUUUCUAGAAGCAUUAACUGUUGUUUUGUUUAUUUUUAACCUUCAGUUUACUCAGAAUUGCAGUUAGUACCAUCUUCUUCUGCUUGUAACAUCAUUUUACUGCGUUAUUUUAAUAGGCAUUAAAGGUUGUCCUUAAAGACAUCUUGAGAGAAAGACAUGUAUACUGUACUGUGCGGAAUGUUUGUUUUUUAAGACUGAGAAAGAGUCCUUAAAAUUUGUUUCAUUUAAAGUACAACAUACAUAUAAGAACUUUUAUGUUAGUUAUACUUAAUUAGAUAUGUCAAAUGUCUGCUGUUAAAAAGCCAACUGGCUUGAUAUGAGUCAAUUCUGAAAAGCACAGUAUGUAUUUGUUGCCUUUUUCAUGUUUUCAGUCACUUCAUAAUUACCUAAUUCUGAUCUCCUCUGACAGCAUACAUGGCAAUCGAAUAACUGCAUUUUGGAUUUGCAAUACUUUUAAUGUUUUUUCAUUUGUGGAGUCUAAAUAUUGAUUUUACAUUGAUGUAACAUGAGCAUACUUGUAGCUUGCCUGUACAAACAUGAUUCAGUUAUGUUUUAUAACAUGCAGGCAAGGCUUUUCUUACUGAACUCUUGUUUCCAAAGUAAACUAUGCAUUGCUUUAACCUCACUUGGAGGCCAGGCCAGCCAUACACUUGUUCUUUUGUGCUAUUGUAAAACCUUUUGUGCAAACUGUUGUGUGUGGCCCAAUAAAGAAGUGAAAUAUAA